AUGGCUUCGAUUGUGCGCCCUGCUCUUCUCCGGCAAACCGCCACGGCGGCCCGUAUGGCCCAGGCCACCCCGAUCCGUUCCGCCUUCGUCAAGAACUCGUCAAGAGUCGCCGCUUUCCACACAACCGCCAAGAGGGAUCUGUUGCCCGUCGGUCCUCUGAACGACCCUGCCCCCGUCCCUCCCCCGAGUCCCGCCCACGGCUCCUACCACUGGAGCUUCGACCGUAUCCUCGCCGCCGGCCUCGUCCCCAUUACCAUCGCCCCCUUCGCUGCCGGCUCCCUGAACCCCACGACCGACGCCGUUCUCUGCGCCAUGAUCCUCAUCCACUCCCACACCGGCUUCCAGAACAUCAUCAUCGACUACGUUCCCACCAAGCACUACCCCAAGUCGCGCAAGGCUACCAUGUGGGGACUCAACGUUGCCACUGCGCUGGUCGGCCUCGGCCUGUACGAGUUUGAGACCAGCGACGUCGGUGUCACUGAGGCUGUCGCGCGUCUGUGGAAGGCUUAA